CUACAUGCAACUCCCAUGAGCCAAAACGCUAUCUUCUCACACCUCCGAAUUUUCCUCGACCCUGGCUGUGCAGGACGACCCAAAAUUGCUCGGGCGCUCAAGGCGGCAGGUGCUGAUCUGGUUUCGGAUCCCAGGGACUGUUCAAUCAUCCUCGUUCAAGGUGAGACACCAACGGGACAACGAUUUCUGCGGGAAUGGGGUGGCGAGAAGACAGUUCUGGAGACUUUGUGGGUCCAACGAUGCACGGAAGCCGGUAGAAUUCUUCAGCAGAGUGACAACUGGGGAAGUUGUCGCGCAGAGAUUAACUCCACCAUUCCACUAGAUGACGACCCAGACGAGCAACAACAUUCUUCACUCCCAACCCCGCGUAUCACACCAGUUGAGAUGUCUGCAUCUGCUCCCCCUUCUUGGGCCAUGGGUCAACCUCCCUCCGGUCAACUUCUUGCUCAGCAGCAACACCAGGCUGUUUUCCUCCCCUCCAACGAUCUUGUAAACCAACAGCCACAACUUCCAACAAACGAUCCUACCAGCGUGUACAACAUGGUCCUUUUUGAUAUCGUCCAGCGAAACGGUGUUCUUCCCUACCUCCAAUCCAACGCAAAUGCAUUCGCCGCACCAGGAAAUCCUCCCGGCUUGCUACCCCAAGACCCUCCGCCUCCUACAACUUCAUCUACCAGUCGAUCUACUUCUGUCGACUUGAAAGGCAAAGGACGGCAGCAGUCUGGGGCUAUCUUCACUUCCUCAACGGGAUCACCAUUGUCUUUUUAUGUUGCAUUGGAGGUACAGAAACGCAGCAGCUUGAUCUCAAGCAUCAAGAAAAAUGGGGGUGUCAUCUCUUCUCACCUGGCAACAGCCGACUACGCCGUCCUUUCGUUCCGUGCCAAAGAUUGGACCGCUUCGUUAGAAUCCGUACUUGCCCUCAACGGAACCCCAGUCAAAGCCGCUUUCAUCUACGAUUCAAUAGAAGCCGACGAACUACAGGACUUUACUCAAUACAAGUUUGAGGUACCAGAGAAGUUGCAAAAGAAAAUCGACGCCUCUUCUCGUCCGCUUUCCACAAACCACAAACCUACGUCUGGAAGCAUAUCAACCAAACCAACAGCAAAGUCAUCUAGUGUCAAAACUGAACCGCCUGAGAGAGCAUCCAAGGCUGUGGUGGCUCCCCAGCAACAAACUGUCCCAGUGAUUACCCCUCAACCAACCCCCCAAACUGAACCGCCAGAGCGUCCUCGUUCGCCCACUCCCCCACCAGUUUCAACACGAGUUCUCUAUAGUGCGAACAAGUACCGUUAUCCCGCUGUCGAGGACGAAUAUGCGGUUCGAUAUGCAGCAGUUUUGUUUGAACGCGAUAGAAUGACAAGUAUGAAUUAUCUGGCGAAGAAGCUCAGUCAGAAGUUGCCUCAUCAUAGUGAGAACGCGUGGAACACUCGUUUGGGUCAGAACCUCAAGACUCCAAUCGAGGAUGUCAAGAAACGUGCUUUCAUUGCCUAUCGCAAAAAAGCACAUCGUGAGGAUAAUAAUGGAGAGUCGACUAACAAGCGUCCGCGUUCCGAUCAAGCGCCUAACCAACCCCCUCCAGUGGCACCGGUAGCCCCAGCUGCUUCCACAAGCGCCGAUCUUGAACGCGAAAUCCAGCUUGUCGCUAAAUACUUUUUUGAUGGGGCAGAUGGCGAAGAAACCCGUGAAGGUGAAACCGAGGCAGAAAAGGAUGCCAGAAUUUGGGCACAGCUUACUCGCAAGGUCACGUGCAAAACAGAGGAAAGUUGGGAGACAUUCUACAAUACCCACCAUGCCAGAGUUUCGGAAGCUUAUAGCGCUCUUCUUGCAACCGAGAAUUAG